CAGACGUCGGUGAACUACCAUUUCCAGACUGCCAAGCUAAAAGGAGGGAAAACGGACAUUUUAGUAUAUCCAUAUUCAGGAAGAAGACCCAUUCCAAAACAUAUUUAAACUUCGGAUCAUCACACUCAUUCAGAGCAAAGGUAUCAGUUGUUUCAAGUCUUCUUUGACGACCACACUCUCUGAUAACGGAUGAGAAAGAAAAAGAAGAAUAAAUAUCAAACAUUACUGAAACUCUCAAGCAAAACAACUAACUACCCAAAGAACUUCAUCAACAAAAUCAACACUGAUAUUAAGUUUGGUAGAAAACGAAUUCCGAAAACACGGACCUCAACAGUUAUCAUUCCAUAUAGAGCGAAGACAGCAGACAACAUCAGAAGAGUACUCAGUAAGCUCAACAUCAGAGUUUUCUUCAAAACAUCAAAUACACUGCGAAACAACCUUGUCCAUAUAAAAGAUCAAAUGCCUAAAGAUUCUCUAUAUAAUUUUGUCUACAAAAUAAAAUGCUUGGAAUGUGGUGCGACAUACAUCGGACAAACAUCACCUGAGAGAAAUCAAAAUUAGAAGAAAUGAACACUGUAGAGCCGUCUCUGUUCGACCAUUGAGAAAUCCAGUUGAACUAGAAAAGUCAUCAGCCAGCCAUAGCUUGUCUACACGAUACGCCGUAGAAUCAGGCCACAAAAUUGAUUUUGACAAUAUUGAAAUCAUCAUCCAGAGAAAGCAUUUCAGAAAUCACAGAGAACGUCUUAUAUCAUCCGAAGUACUUCAUAUCAAGUGGAAUCCGAAUUGUUUGAAUAGGACUGACGGACU